AACUGAAAGCAAGGUUCCCGAAACCAUCGAAAUCUGCCGUCCUUCUUAGAGAAAAGCUGAAUAACAAAAAGAAAAAUAUCUAUCGUAAAUUUAUAAUUUCGCUGACAACGGUCUGUCGUACAUGUUAUUUUCCCCCCAGACCGUCGAAAACGAAAAAGGUCAUUGUCCACUAGGGGUUGCGUGCGGUCACAACACGGUUUUCCGAGAAAAGCCAGCUUCCGCAAAAUACAAGUUUUUGCUUUUAAUAUCGACCAGGCUCGACAAUUCACACCGUUUCUUAAGAAUUUGCUUCAUUGUUAAGCAUUUCAGAAACCAUGUCUUGGUUGUGGAGCGGGGGCGAAAAAAGGAGCUUUAACGUUAUGAUUUACGAAGAAGAUUACAAAGAGCUCUGCGCCUGGGUGCUGAAGAAACCGAACAUCGAAACUGGAGGAGAUCUGUUUGGUUUGUGGGCUGACAAGCACACUGCUGUUAUUCAGCUGGUACUCGGUCCUGGCAAACAAUGCACAAGAACCACAACCUCUUUCUACCAAGACAUCGAUUACUUGCGCCGUGUUGGUUCGUACUUGACGCAAAAUGAAGGUGUGUGUCACAUUGGCGAGUGGCAUUCCCACCAUCAGCUCGGUUUGGCGAGGCCAAGCGGAGGAGACGAGAACACUGUUUGGAAUAACAUGCCGACCUACAACUUGAAAAGGUUCGUGAUCUUCAUUGCUAACAUCCGGUCUUCCGAGCACAGUUACAACGUGAAUGUCGGCUGCUUCCUGUUUGAGAUCGAUGAUCAAGGGAAACACAUGGAUGUACUGCCAGGAAAGUUUACGAUACUUCAAAAGAAAAGUACGUUGUCUGGGAAAAAGGAAGUGACGGAGGAAAGAAAGAAGGGCGCUGAAAAGGAUGACGAGAAUAAGAUCGCAAUCAAGGAGCUGAAGAUGGAAGUGAAAGAAGGAGAGAAAAGGCCAUCUGUAACGUAUUUAAAGCCCAAAUCCGCUCCAAGCGAGAGAAAGCGAGGGAACCGCGGCAAUCAUUUGCAACCUGCAAAUCAAAAUAAGCCAAACGAUGAAGAAAGCAGUGUAGGUAACAAGAAACGGAAAAUGAACACAGAGGAAAGAUCUCCCGACAAAAGUUCCGGUAUUGGGAAAAAGUCACCAGAGGGAUCACCGCCAAGCGAAGAUCUGAAGAACUUAACAAUCAACAAUGAACGACAAGAAGAAACAUCUGAAGAAGCCAUGGAACAGGAAAAGGAGAAGGAAGAGCCAGAGAAGAACAGCCAAGAGGAAUUCAAACAUGAAGAGCAACAUGAUAGCGAACGAGGAAAAUCUAAAGGAAAAAAAGCAGGAAAUAUCAAAGAGAACGACGAAGCUGGUCCUCCUCAAGCUGAACAAGGAAAGACAGAGAACGAGGGUAAACCGAGACCGUUGCCAAAACUGGCCGAAACGGUGCCUGAGAAACUGGUAGAGAAGACGCCUGAGGCGAAAACACAAAAGCAAAAAGAGGAAGAUGAAGAAACAGCUAGCAGGAGGGCUGUCCAGAGCGGGGUCACGACUGCCGAGGAAAAACGUGAUUCUAAAGAUUGUCCAUCACAGGGAUCGAGACCACUGCCAACGGUGGAGGGAAACCAGAAGAAAUUAGAAAUUAAGAUAGCAGCUAUAAAGACGACCCCCCAACCGCGUGGUGUCGAGAAAGUUGGCUCCUCCCAAACCGGAUCCAGAAAGUCACCAAGGGGAUCACUGCCAGGCGAAGACGUAAACAAAGUAACAACUAAUGACGAACAACCAGACGAAAACGCAGAGGAAGCCAUGAAAGAGCAAGAGGAGAGGGAGGGGCAAGAGAAGAAGAACCAAGAAGAAGUCAGACGUGACGAGCAACAUGACAAAAAGAAAGGAAAAUCACAAGGAAAAGGUGAAAAUCUCGAAAAAGACAAGGAAGCUGGUUCUUCUCAAGUUGAGCAAGAAAAGGUAGAGAAAAAGAGUAAACCGAAGCCGGGGAAGGAAGCGACACCUGGAGCGAAAACACAAAAGAAAAAAGAGCGAGAUAAAGAAACAGCUAAGACGAGGGCUGCCCAGAGCGGGCCCAAGAAAGCUGGCUCCUCCCAAACCGGAUCCACAAAGGGUACAAAAAAACAGAAAUAAACUGCGAUAAUGACAACAGAGCCUACCAACUGGUAACUUAAAUAUGAAUGCCUUGAAACAUUUUAA